AUUGAUAGAUGGUGGGUGGAAAAGGUUGCACCUGCAAACCUUUAGCCAAAGUAAGAGGUGACGUCAAGAUAGAAUUGAUUCAUGAAUAUUAGGUUUUUCUCAUUCGGUACCUGUUACCUUUUCUAUCUACUUGAAUAACAUAAUGUGCCUUUAAAUUUUUCUUAGAGGGACUGUUUAUUAAAAUAUUUCCUUUAAGCACUAGAUCAAAGCUGAUUCAUGCCAUAAACAAAUCAAAAUUACUUCCGAGGAGCAUCUGAUUGUUAGGAAUUCAUCCUCAUAAAUUCUUUGUCAAUUGUUUCAGCAUAUUCUCAACGUCAACAAAAAUUUUUCUACAUCUGGCAACAUGGCCAGAUCUCAGUUUUGCUUUUUCUUCAUUUAUUCUGGUUUUUGAUAUGAUUUACAAAACACUGACAGGGGUCAAAGUGGCAGUAACAGUACGCAGAAUUAAGAGCCAGGCCCUGCUGCUAAAUUAUCAAGCAUGGAACCAGCCUCUGGUAAAUAGGGCCUUCUCAAAUACAGUCUUCCGGAAUUCUUUUCAGGUGCAUCUCCUUCAAGUAAAGUGCCUUAUUCAAAAAUCUAACUAUUUUGCCUUCCUCUGGGUUUCCUAGCUCCUACCAUCAUCAUUCAUUGUUCUCCACAGGGCCUUGCUCCCACCUGUACUCACCUGUCUCUAACACCCUACCUCUGAGACAGAACACCCCAUCUGCUAUGCAUUCCUGGAAACAGGCAUCUCUGCCCAUUGCUCGUGUCUGUUGCUAGUGUGUAAUACUGGUAGAAACAAGAGGUGAUAACUCUAGCAAGAUGAUAACUAUAACAUUCUUCUAAUCAUAAAAUUUUAAUCUAAAAAUUACUCCUGAAUGGACCAAAGCAUGAGUAUAUAACUAAAUUUUAUGUGAAUGUACAUAUAAUUUAAAUUCCAUCCAGUUCAUCAAAAGUACAUAUUUUGUUCCAGGAGUGACAUGACCCAAGGGUGAAUGGUUGUGGGGACGCGGGGGACGGGGAAUAUUAUCUCCAUUGGUUUUCAUUAGUGUUCUCCCCUCCCCCACUCUUUUAUGUGGAAAAAUUACAUUUUCUUUCAUCUAAUUUAAAGUUGCCAUAAAGACAGGUCAGAGCAAAUGUCCUCCUUUCCCAUCAGACUGUCUUUUUUAAACUCUUCUUCUGUGGAAAUUCUGGAGGUGCCAUGAUCUGAGUGUUGUAGGAGAAACAGACAGAUGUUUACAGUUAAGUGUGAAGAGUAAAAGAGCCUAACUCAAAUGUAAGGUACAAAUAUAAGAUAUACAUUUUCCCCCUACAUUUUACCAUCUAUGAAAAAGGUCUUAUCAAUGGCCUCUUCCUGUUAAUUGGCAACGUUUUUCUUUCCUUGUGACGUAUUAAACAAUACUGAAUUUUCAACAGAUGGUGACUUAGGUCUGGUGACAUGGUCACAGUGUAAAAGAUAAUGAGGCAACUGAGAGAGGAAGGGGAUUCUUCAGGUAGUAGUCACAGAUGGUUUCCAGGAAGAAUAACUGAGCUGGGUUUUGAAGAAGGAGGAGGAUUUUUCCAAUAUAGAAGGGAAGGACAUUCUAAGCUUAGCAAAGAGCAAGUCAGAGGAGAUGUGAGGUGACUUGGCAUGUGUGAGGACCAGCAAGUCGUUUGGCAUUGCUGCGGAGUAAUGUGGAGCUGUAGGGAAUGCACGGAGAGAGGAAACUGGAAAUGAGGGCACAAACCAGGUCAUGGAGAACCUUGGGGUGUCAUGUGGGAGUUUGGCCCUUCCUCUUAGGCAGUGAAAAUACAUGUUAGCAGUUUGAUGCAAUGGAAUUAGAUGACUUUGUUUGUUUUAGAGUGAUAAUUCUGGAAGUCGGGGUUUAUAUAGACUGGAAGAGGAAGAUGCUGGGAGUAUAGCAAGUUAAAAGGCUUUUGGGGGUAGUGCAAUGAGCUGUCACCUAAGGAAUCAAGAUGGUGACAGUGGGGAGGAAGACAAGACCUAUAUAAGAACCAUUUAAGAACUAGAACCUAUAGGAGUUUGUGAUUAUUUGGCUCUUCAGGGUGACGAAGGAAGGGUCUAGAAUGAGCCUAGUGAUAUCAGCAAGAUAUCACCAAGAUAAACUCUACAGGGGUAAAUCAGGGGUAAUGGAGGAAGGAGGAAUAAAAUGGAGUAAAUUGCAAUUCGGUGUGAGCUUACUUGAGGUUUAAAGUACUUGUGAAUCAUUUAGGUGUGUAGUUCAAGUUCUGAAGGUCAGGAAUGGGGUGAAGUAUGAAUGAGAUAGAGAUUUAAUAGUAAGUAGCUUAUGAACAGCUGUAAAGCCUUUGAGAGAUGGUGCUAUCUCAGGGUGAAGCUAUAGGGUGAGGAAAGAGUAGAGCCAAGUGGGGAAUCUUGGGGACACUGCUAUUUAAGGACAGAGGAAGAGCUGAUAAAGAUACUAAGGGGACUGAGCAGAGCAGGGAGGACGGAGGAACAGGAGAUGGUCACAGGAGCCAACGGAAGAAUGAGGAAUGUCGGUACCAUUAAAUUCAAGGCAGGGAUCAGCAAGGAGUUGCAUAAAAUAAGGAUGACCUCUGCUAAAAAGAGUGUCAGUGGGGCAGGGUUUGUGGAAGGUUGAUUUUAAUAGAUGGAAAGGUGCCUGCUUGAGAAGUGAGAAGAGUGGAGAUGGUGAUCUUCCAGGAAGCUGGCUGAGAACAGAAGACAGUAGCAAGAGAAGCUCAUAGCCAAACCGAAAAGCGGAGGAGAGAUAAAAUGAAUAACCUGAUUGAAGAACUAUCUGCAAUGAUCCCUCAGUGCAAUCCCAUGGCACGUAAACUGGAUAAACUUACAGUGUUAAGAAUGGCUGUCCAACACUUGAAAUCUUUAAAAGGUAUGACAAAUUCUUAUGCAGGAGAUAAUUAUAGACCUUCAUUUAUUCAGGAUAAUGAGCUCAGACAUUUAAUCCUUAAGACUGCAGAAGGCUUCCUAUUUGUGGUUGGAUGUGAGAGAGGAAGAAUUCUCUUCGUUUCUAAAUCAGUCUCCAAAAUACUUAAUUAUGAUCAGGCUAGCUUGACUGGACAAAGCUUAUUUGACUUCUUACAUCCAAAAGAUGUUGCCAAAGUAAAGGAGCAACUUUCUUCUUCUGAUAUUUCACCGAGAGAGAAGCUGAUCAAUGCCAAAACUGGUUUGCAAGUUCACAGGAAUUUCCACAGUGGAAGGACUCAUGUGUAUUCUGGCUCAAGGCGAUCCUUUUUCUGUCGGAUGAAGAGUUGUAAAAUCUCUGUCAAAGAAGAGCGUGAAUGCUUAUCCACCUCAAAGAAGAAAGAUCAUAGAAAAUUCUGUACUAUCCACUGCACUGGUUACUUGAGAAGCUGGCCUCCACAUGUUGUUGGAAUGGAAGAAGAAAGGGACAAUAAGAAAGACAGUAGUAAUUUUAACUGCCUUGUUGCCAUUGGAAGAUUACAUCCAUAUAUUGUCCCACAGAACAGUGGAGAGAUUAAAGUGAAACCAACUGAAUUUAUAACCCGGUUUGCAAUGAAUGGAAAAUUUGUCUAUGUGGACCAAAGGGCAACGGCAAUUUUAGGAUAUCUGCCUCAGGAACUUUUGGGAACUUCUUGUUAUGAAUAUUUUCAUCAAGAUGACCAUAGUAAUUUGACUGACAAGCACAAAGCAGUUCUACAGAGUAAAGAGAAAAUAUUUACAGAUUCAUACAAGUUCAGAAAGAAAGAUGGCUCUUUUGUAACUUUAAAAAGCCAGUGGUUUAGUUUCACAAAUCCUUGGACCAAAGAACUGGAGUAUAUUGUGUCUGUCAACACUUUAGUUUUGGGACAUAGUGAGAUGAGAGAAGUGUCAUUACUUCCUUGUAGCUCUCAAUCAUCAGAAGAAUCCUCUAAACAGUCUUGUAUUAGUGUGCCUGGAAUGUCUACAGGAAUAGUACUUGGUGCUGGGAGUAUUGGAACAGAUAUUGUAAAUGAAGUCCUGGAUUUACAAAGGUUACAGUCUUCUUCCUCCCUUGAUGACUCAAGUCCAACAGAUUUAAUGAAAGAUUCUCAUGCUAUCAACUGCAGGAAAACAUCAAAAAAGGAGUCGAUUCCACUAAAUCCUUCUGAACUAGGCAAGCCAGAGGCUACAAGGCAAAACCAGAGUGCUGUUCCUCCCCAUAGUCAUGAGCCACUUCUUGGCGAAGAUGCCCAGCUGGAUUUUGAUGCCCUGUAUGAUGACGACACAGCCAUGGCUGCCUUCAUGAAUUACUUUGAAGCAGAGGGGGGCCUGGGAGACCCUUGGGACUUCAGUGACAUACACUGGACACUCUAGCAUUUGAUUUUUAAUUCUUACAAGUUAGGAACGUGUUAAAGUAGUUCAUUGACAAAAAAAAAAAAAACUAUGAUCUUCUGUACUGUAUGGAUACUGUUUUGUCUUUUAUUCCUAUUAAUAGUCUACCAAUUGUUAUAGAUGUGCACCUUACUUCCACAGCAGUAGGGGGAAAUGUGAUGUUUCCCUUCACAAAGAAUGGCUCAGAGUUUCCUACAGACCCCUUUUCUCAGUGACAUGGCGUAAAACCCACUAGUUGCUAUCUUUUUGUUAAAAUAUUUCUCACCAAGAAUAUCACAUAUAUCUUGUUUUGGUUUUAUUUUCUGAUGCAGUUCUUGAGUGUGGGGAAUUUAAUAUGUUGACAUUUUCCUGUGUCUAAGAUUCAUUUAUAAUGGAUUUAUAAUAGUAGAUUUGUAGCAGUUGGAGGAUCUCUGUUUCUUGUACAUUUCCUUAAUUGAGGAUAGGGCUUACACACUUUAAGAAAACUCUGAGCACUUGAACAUUUAAAGAGAUGGUACAGUUGGUAGUCAUAAUUGCAGUGAAUCCUGUAUUCAGUCAUUGUAAACUUGGGCAAGUGUAAAGCCAGGAUAGUUAGUUUGGUCAAGCACUUGAGAUGGGCUUUAAGUGAGAGGAUUUAUUUAAAACUCAGGAAAAAAAAAUUUUUUAAGGGACUUUCGACUUGGCUUUACAGAAAAGGAAAGAUCUUGGGCCCUAGAUCUUGGUAAUUAUCCUUUGCAUGUAAGAAUUCUUGCUAAUAUAGCCAAUCAAGAUUUUCAUUACAUAUAAAACCAGUUGUUGGUACAGAAAAUGUGCUUAGUGAAAGAUUAGCCCUGGAGGAAAAAACAAGCGCAGGCAGGUUAAAUGUCUUGUGUAAGUCACAGUUAAAUUCAUAUUUUUAAAAUGUUUAAUGUGUAUAAAUCCGUUUCCUUAUACACAUUUGGGAAAGCAAUGGUCUCACUGGUUAAAUGAUUAAUUAACUGACCCAGGAACUAGUUGUGGCCUUUUAGAAUAGGCAAUUACAGUUACUGUUGCCUGUAACCAAAGGUAAUUAUACAAACGCUAAGUAUAGUUUUGAAACUGAGGCAAUAAGAAAGAAUUUAAAAACCAAUUUUCUAGCUAUGAUUACAAAUUUGGAGAUCAGUUUUUUAACUAAUAAUUGAGAAGUGGAUUAUACUGAGCACAAGAAGAAUAUUUAAAAUCGUAUACGUAUGUCGACCUUGUUGAAGGUCAUACUUUCAUAAUACCGUAUGUUUUCAUAGUUCUUUCUAGUUUACCAAGUGUGUUUUCAUCUAUUUUCUUUUGUGCCCCACAAAUGAAAGUACAAUAGGCUAGGAAGCUAAUGGGGAAGCCGGAGGCUCAGCUGUGGAGGAUCCAAUGCAGUUCUCUUCCUCUAUGUGGUGCUACACUCCAGCAGAUAUCUUUCCAAGCCUUGCCCCAAAACAAAGCAUUAUUUUGACCUUGCAUAUUUCUGUAGGCUGUACAUAAUAGGUUAGAACUUUUGUCAAACAGGUUAAUGGCAAACAUACCCACAGGCAAUAGUCCAAAAGCACACAUUCCCUUCAGGUGGGACUCCUGCAGAGUAGCUACAUGGGGAAGGAUGUAUUGGCACGUUGUCCUCCAGCCGAUACAGGGUUCCCGCGAUAUUGGAGGGUCAGCACCACUCCCAGUUCUGGGACUGAGGUACAUGCAGGUUUACAAUAAGCCAGAGAAACCCUACAAGAUGGGGGAGAUUGGUUUGCAGCAGGCUAAGCAUGAUACUUUUAAGUUUGAAGAAGCAGGAACGAUCAUAUCUGUUCUGUAAGUCCAAGGCGUACCAAUGUUAACAGUUUAGUGUCUAAACCAUUGUGGGUUGGGCUUGGCCUCCAGAGUUGACCUAAGCCAGGGGUGGCAAGAUGAGUCACUGUGGAUGGAUGGCCUUGAAAGGAGAGGGGCAAACCUUCCUGAUCCAAGGAUCUGGGAGGCACAGUUUCUAGAGGCCAUCGAUGCCACGCACAGAAGCAGUUUUUUCUCUUUGCAAGACGAAGGGUUAGUCAGUCCAUAGGCCGGUGGGCAGAUAGCCAAUUGAAGGCUUUGAUCCUUUAAUAACCCACUCGAGUAUUUUUCUGUAGAUCUUGUCUGGACCCAGAAUCCAAUCCAUGCAAUGUAGGUUAACUGUAGCUGUCCCAUGUUUAGUGUUUUCUCCAAAGUGUGUUGCAUUUAUGCUGAAUUGCUGUUAGGAGUGACAGAUAUUUUUAUGGCUUACCCUAUAUUACUUUUUCUCCUACCCAUUAAUUUCCUGCAUUUUGAUGAAAAGCAUCUACACAUUGAAUGAAAUCAUAAAAAUAUUCUAGUUCUGUCUUUUUUUUUUCUUUUUCCCUAAGUCUAAGAACUACUUACAAUAACAUAGUGGAGUAGGGAAGAACCUAGAAUCAGAAAGAGCCCGCUCGGCCUAAAUUUAGCUGUGUGACCUCAAGGAAGUCAUUUAAACACUCUGUAUGUGCCUCAGUUUCCUCAUCUGUCACAAGAGAACUUGAUCUCUCAGUUUACUUCCAGUUCUGAUUCUGUGAUUCUGAUCCACGGGACCUGAGCUUUAGGGUCAGACUCUAGAACUGUGUGGUCUCGUAUGAUAGCCACAGGCCACGUGUGGUUAUUGAGCACUUGAAAUGUAGCUCAUGCAAAUUGAGAUAGACUGUAAAUGUAAAAUGCAUACCAGAUUUCAUACAUUUAGUAUAAAAAGGGAGCAUAAGAUAUCACAUUAGCAGUUUUAUAAUGGGGCACCCGGCUGGCUCAGUCAGUGGAGCAUGCGACUCGAUCUCAGGGUCGUGAAUUCCAGCCCCAUGUUGGGCAUAGAACUUACUCAAAAAUAAAUAAAAAUUUAAAAAUAAAUAUAAAAACUAUCUUUUAAAAACAGUUUUAUAUUGAUCAUAUACUCAAGUAUUUUGGAUAUACUGAAUUAUAUAAAACAUUAACAUUUUACUUUUUACUUUUUUAAUGUGGCUACAAGGAAAUUGUAAAUUACCCAUGUGGCAUAUAUUAUAUUUCUAUUGGACAGUGCUGCUCUAAAACAUUUUAUUAAGUGGAUAUUACUGAAGUAGACCAAAGGUUAUACCAUAACUAUGAUAUUUACCUCUAAAUGCUAUGGUUUAAGGAACAAUUGUUUAUUGAUCCUUGAUUUAGUAUAAUCAAAUAACUGUGAACCUCUAUCCAUGUGUCAAAAUUUAAAACUUUUUUGAAACUAGUAAACCUGAAAAUGUUAUCCGUUCAUUUCAUUACAUGAUGAUAACCUGAAAUCAAGUAAAACUUGGGGUAUAUGGUGACACCCUAUUGCAGUCACUAAACCUGGAAAUCCAUUGAGAAAUAGACAGGAAAAUAGAGAAUGGAGGCUUUUGGUAAAUAAAUGGGAUUAGAAUAUUUCAUUACAGUGUCAUAGUGGGAAAACGCUAUAUUUAUUAGUCCUAUUCUUUGAGGAAUUUCUAUAGCAUCUGGGCAGAGUAAAUGAAAUAACCACUACCUAGUUAUUGGACCACGUUUAGGAGUGUCAUUUCAGAUCCUGCUCUAAAGAAGCCUCUACCACUCAGGUAAGUCAUUGUUUGGCUCUGAAAUUGGAAAUUCAGAUUUGCCAAGCGCAGUUAUGAGAAGAGCAGGGAAAAGAUCUAAAAUGAUCAGAAGCCAUCAAGGAAAACGGCCAAGUGGCCACUAGGUGUCACUUUUCCAUUUCUAGAGUGCUUUGUUUUCAUUAAUUUUUCCAAGUUGUACAGGGCCUAGGGGAGGCAUUUAUGACUUGUAUUUAGAUUAGGUCUGCCUCUCUGGUGUGGGUUAUUUUAUGAGAAAUGCUUUUUAAGAGAAGUCUGGGAAGAUGUUUCCCAUAUAAUAUAAGAACUUUGGUUUAAGAUGCUUUCCAGAUGUGGCUCCAGUAAAAGUUGACCAUAGAAAGAAAACUUGUCUAACCUGGAAUAUGCUUUCUGAAUUCACUUGAGAGUAUGUUGUAUGUGUGUCACUGCUCCUACAUUCCUGUGCUUAGCUCUGUUUUUUAUACAAUUUUUAGCUCUUUUCCAGUUUACUUGUUCUUGUCUGUAUAUUGGGAUUUUUUAAAUUUUUGUGGUAAGUAAUGAAAAGAGUGAAAUUAAACUAUAUUUUAUAAUAA